GACGCCAUUUUCCGGUAUCUCUUUCAAAGCCAAGCACACAAACACACAAAGGCAUGCGUUUCAAAAACUCGCUUCUUGUGGACUAGGCAGUACGUCCUUUGGUUACAUCGCAUUCCUGGACAUGCUCACCCGACAUAUGGGACUGACCGAGUCCGAGACAGACCAUGUUCGGAAGGACGUCUACCGGGCAUGGCAUCUCCCGUUCAUCAAGGGUAUAAGAUGGUCGUCCAUCAGGAACAGGUGUCAGCCAUGUUCCCUAUCGAACAACAGCGGCUUCAACUUCGACGCCUGAGUAGAUUGUAUCUUUCAGUGCCUAUUCCCUCUUUUCGACUUUAUCGUUGUGACGCAUUCAUUACUCAACACAUCACUCUUUACACACAAUCAUGAAGCCUAUUAUUGUUGCCGCCGCACUGCUCAGCGUUGCAGCUGCCGCGCCUACGCGCUCUACGGGACCUCGCGACGAUGUCGAGAGCUCGCAGCUGACGCAGGGCAUGGCGCUCGAUGCUCGACAGAUUGGCGGUCUGAUGUCCAACACACGUCCCAACUCCAAAGAGGACCAGAGGCGUGGCAUCACCAUUGAGGGAUCGGACCUCGUUGACAGUAUCCUGGCCAAGGUCUUGAAAGCAUUGAAGGACCAGGGCAUCGAUGUGUCCGUGAACGAGAAGGACUCUUUGAAGGGUCUCAUCGGUGGCCUCCUGCAAGGUGGCCUCGGGCCAGAUCUCAACAUGCUCGGUAAACGGCAAAUUGGCGGAUACUUGGGCAAUUCCCGCGACAAGAACAGAAAGCACGACAAAACCCGCCGUCAGCUUGACGCUCUGACCGGACUUCUUGGUGGCGGCGUAGGCGGCGGCUCAGGAGCCACGGACGGUGUUCUCUCGCUUGUUAAUUCGCUUCUUGGCGGAGUAGGCGGCGCCGGCGGUCUUGGCACACUCUCUGGAGUCACAGGAGGUCUUGGAGGAGUUGGCGGCGCCGGUGGUCUUGGAGGUACACUCUCCGGGGUCACGGGAGGUCUUGGAGGCGCGACAGGCAGUCUUGGUAAUCUGGCUGGAGGCCUGGGAGAUCUGGCUGGUAAUGCUGGAGGCCUAGCUACGGGGUCGUCUGCCACCUCAUCAAGCCAGGGGUCCCUCGGCGGCGGCAUCAGCACAGGAGCCCUCGCGCCUGCUACCGGUGCGGUCUCCGGCGUUUUGGGAGGCUUCGGUGGCGCUGGUGGUGACCUGAACUUGGAUGGCCUGCUGAACCAAUUCGGCGGGGCUGAAGGCCUCACCAGCCUCCUUGGCGGUGCCAGCGGCAUGGAUGUUCAGGGUAUUCUUGGCCAGUUCGGCGGCGUUCAAGGACUGAGCGGCCUCCUCGGACAACUUGGCGGCCUUGGUGGUCUCGAAAGCCUCCUGGGAAUGGUUGGAGGUGCUGAUGGACUCAGCGGCCUUCUUGGUCAAGUCGGUGGUGUCGGACAACUCACCGGCCUCCUGGGUAGCAUCGGCGGUCUUGAUGGACUUGACGGCCUCCUCGGCCAAGUAGGUGGUGCUGGAGGGCUUGGUAGCCUCCUGGACCUAGUUGGUGGUGGUGAUGGACUCAGCGGCCUCCUUAGUCAACUUGGUGGCGUUGGGGGGCUCACUAGUCUCCUAGGACAAUUUGGUGGUGUUGAUGGGCUCGACGGCCUGCUUGGUCAGCUCGGCGGUAUUGAUGGACUCACCGGCCUCCUAGGGGGAGUCGGGGGUCUUGAUGGAUUUACUGGGCUCCUGGGACAGGUUGGCGGCACCGAUGGGCUCAGCAGCCUGCUUGAUCAAGCCGGCGGCGUUGGACAAUUCACCAGCUUACUCAAUGGACUCGGCGGUCUUGAUGGCCUCACUGGUCUCCUAGGGGGUGUCGGUGGUCUUGAUGGACUUACCGGCCUUCUAGGACUGCUUGGCGGUGGCGACGGGCUUAGCAGUCUGCUUGGUCAAGUCGGUGGUGUUGGGCAACUCACUGGUCUCUUAGGGGGAGUCGGCGGUCUUGAUGGUCUUUCCGGUCUCCUUGGCCCACUGGGUGGCGUUGGAGGACUCACCAAUCUCCUUGGAGGAGUCGGUGGUGUUAACGGACUAACCAGCCUCCUUGGCCAAACCGGCGGCGUUGGGGGGCUCACUAGCCUUCUCGGAGGAGUUGGUGGUAUUGGAGGACUCACCGGUCUUCUUGGAGGUGCUGGGGGCGGUCUGGAUCUUGGAACCUUGCUCGGUGGGCUGGGUGGUGUUGCAGGAGGUGUCGGAGGCGGCGCUGGAGGUGGCCUGGAUCUUGGAAACCUACUUGGUGGUGGUCUGGGUGGUGUUGCAGGAGGUGCCGGCGCCCCGAUUCCCUUCCUCUCCCGCCUGUCCCAAGAUACUCAAGGCGGUGCCAAGGGCAGCGUUUUGCCUCCUCCUCCCUCGACGACCUUCAGCACUUCGAUUGUCAGCACCCCUACGGCUACACCCGGUAUCCCUGGCGAGAUCAACGCCGCUGAGAAUGAGAAGCGUCAGUUUGGUGGUCUGCUCAACGGCAUCUUCAGCAGUGGUGGCAGUGCCAACAAUGAUGGUGCACUGAACACUGGUCUCGAUAUCUCCGGUCUCUCUGGCUUCGACGCCAGCGCAUCCGGCAGCAGCUCGGGCAGCAUUUCCCUGGAUGACAUUACCAAAGCCAUCAAUGGUGCAUCCAACAAUGGUGCUCUGAGCCUUGAAUUGGGUGGUGUCGCCGAACCCGGUGACCUGGUGAUUGAUCUCGGCACGCUCACCAGCGGCUCUGGCGGUGCGGACUUUGACCUUGAGUCGAUCCUCUCUGGCGGCAACGCGCAAGCCUACUUCCCUGGCAUAGAUCUCAGCGACUUUACGGGAGACUUGGAUCUCAAGAACAUUGGCGGCACCAUUCAGGGUCUUGUGAACCUUGGCCUGGGCGGUUUCGUGGGUCUAUUUGGGGCCAUUGAGGCUGCCAAGGGCGGUGCGCUCAACUAUGGUCUCGACACUCUCCUGAGUGGUUUUGGAGGUCUCGGUGGCCUCCAGGGAGAUCUGAACCCAGCCACUGGUGGUGCCUUGGACCUUGAUUUCGGCUCGCUCCUGGGUGGUCUGGCUGGUGGAGGCGGUCUGAGCUUUUCUGGCGAUGCCUCCGGUGGUGCCUCUGGCAGUGCAUCGGGCGGUGCCUCGGGGAGCGGAGGCGCCGGUGGCAGCUUUGGUUUCGGCGAUCUGUCCGGGAACAUUGGCCUCGGUGAUCUUGACAGCGUCCUCGUCGGCCUCUCUGGGCUGUCUGGAGACUUUGCGGCCGGCGGCCUUAACCUCCCUGCUGCUGCUGCCCAGUUUUUUGGAUCCAUCGCGGAAGGCGCCGCCAGUACUGCCGGUGCUAUUGCUCAGGGAGCGCUUGGCGCUUUUGCCCAAGGUGCGGGAGCCCUGGCACAAGCUGGAGGCGACAUUGCUGGUGGAGCUGCUGACCUGGCUGGCAAUAUCGUCGGUGGCAUCGCCGACGGCUUCGGCAGUGUUUUGGGAGGCCUAGGUGGAAUAGGCAGUGGCAGUGGCAGUGGCAGUGGCAGCGGAAGUGGGAGUGGAAGUGGUAACGGCGGCUUCAACCUCGGUGGACUCCUUGGCCUAGGUGGCUCUGGGUCUGGUGGAGGGCUCUUUGGCCUAGGUGGCUCUGGAUCUGCCGGUGCCUCUGGGUCAGUUGGAGGCUCCGGAUCGGCUGGUGGCUCUUCUUCUGGCAGCGUCGGCGGCUCCAGCACUAUCACCUUCGACUUUGGUGGCGCCGGAUCCAACGGGCAGCUCAGCAGCAGCUCGGCCAACAGCGAUGGCUCCUCGUCGUCCCAGUACACGUACACCCUGCCCAUCACGUUCGACAACAAGAAGGUGGAGGGCGCGCAAUAAGCAGGACGUCACCAGUGUCAGCCAAUGCUGGAACGGAGAGGUUGAGCCACGACAAACGCUCAGUCUAUGAGGAGUCUCAUUUGUCUUCUGCCAUUGUUGUAUCAUAAUUAAUCAUCACGCAAUGUUCUUCAC